AAAGGUGAAAGGCCUGCGGCAGGUCAACGACUUCCCAGAAAGGUUCCACCUGCUUCUGACCGGCCGAAACCUGUUCUCCAAAAGACGCAGUCGACGGAAGACAAGCGUUUAGUGGAGAGGAGUGCUAUAGCAAAACGGCAACCAGCAGCUGUUUUUGAUGAGAACGAUAUGGACGUUGAUACUGCCUUUGAUGACCCCAUGCUGGGCAUAGAGUUGCCGGGAUUGGACAGGAAACGUACAAAAGCAAGUAAGGAUGGUGACGCAGAGAGAGGUCUCAAAGUUACCAGCGUAUUUGAUGAGUAUGACAUGGAAGUGGACACAGCCAUGCAGGAUUCUGCUCUUAAGAGAGCGAUAGAAAGCGACGGACUUUACGAUAAACCAUUAUUUGGCAACCGUGGUAGGUCAGCUAAACGGAAACGGCAAACUGCCAAAGGUAACCGGAAGGGACUUCCCAUUAGCACUGCUUUUGAUGAGGAUGAUAUGAGUGUUGACGACGCUAUGGACGAUCCUCAGCUCUUUGACGACGUUCAGGACGACGGACUCCUAAAAGACGGCAUGUCGGAUGAUUUUCUUCGAGCGAAGUUGUAG